UUGUUGCUAUGGCCGCACACCGACGCCAGGUGCCAGAGGUACGACGAGGCCGGAUUGUAAUGGGUCUGAGGCGGCGCUGCGGCCGGACUCUUCCCCCGCCCUCCGGCCGGCCAGGUAGAGCGUGACCGAGGCAGCAUGAGCAACAAGGCCCCAGCCAGCCAGGAAUUCCUGGACACCAACCAGUAUUCCCGCAAGUCCAUCCUCCGCUAUGAAAGGAUCUUCGGGCAUACAUGGGUGUCCACGGGGGGCGAGGCCACCUCCAAGGACCUCCUGAUAAAGAUGGGGCUGCGUCCCGGCAUGCGGGUACUGGAUGUUGGCUGCGGCACCGGAGGGUCGGCCUUCUACAUGGCGCGCCACUACGGGGUUCACGUGCACGGAGUCGACCUCUCUACCAACAUGAUUGACAUCGCCAAAGACAGACUAAACCGCGAAGAGAAAUACUUACAGUCCAUGAUCAAAUUCGAGGUCGGUGACAUCACUAAGGUUCAGUACGACAACGCCAGCUACGACAUCAUUUACAGCCGUGACACCAUCCUUCACAUCCCGAACAAGGAAGAUCUCUACCGCACUCUCCAGGCGUGGCUGAAACCGGGCGGAAAACUCUUCGUCACCGACUACUGCAGGGGAGACCAGGAACACUCACAGGAGUUCCUUGAUUACGUCAAACGCAGAGGAUACGACCUGCGAACGGUGAAGGCGUACGGGAAGGUCCUGGAGGAGGCUGGCUUCAAGGACGUGCAGGCGGUGGACAUGACGCCGACCUUCAUCUCCGUGCUGCAGAAUGAACUCAAGUACUUCGAACCGACACGCGAUGCCUUCAUACAGGAUUACAGCGAGAAGGACUACAAGGAAAUCGUGGAUGGAUGGAGACAGAAGUUGGUAAGGUGCAGUGCGGGCGACCAGGCCUGGGGUAUGUUCCUGGCCACCAGGUAGAAGCGCCGCUGGGGCCACGGGCGAUUCCACCGGGCCCUUGGCUACGACGAGGGCCUUUAACGGUGGCCCUUUCUGGGACAUCAUUUUAUUCUUUCCUUAUUGCAUUAUCCUUUACAAAUUAUUUCUAUUUGAAGUAAUAUUUUGACCAUUACCAUAACCUUUAUCAUUAUUAAUUUUCCAGUCAUUUACUUGGUAUAAAUGCAAUGAAUACUGCAUAGUAAAAAAAAAAAAAAAUGCAAUCUGUUACCUAAUUUAUGUAUUCUAAUAUUCAAUGUAUCUUCAUGGUGCUGAAAUUAUGCCAAAAUAAAGACUGGGAAACACAU